AUGCGCGAACUCUGCGGGACUCUGCCUGUGCACUCUGAGGGAUCUUUGACUCGCAUGGCAGGACGAGAGGGCAUGAUCAAGUUGAGCGGUUGUCUGUGCUUAGUCUGCGCCGUUCUGUGUGUCGUGGUGACCGUGACGACCACCGUGUUGCACAUGAACAGAUUGCAGACGUUGCAGGAGUGUGAGUUCUUCCCACACUCUCAGUCUUGCACCUGUACUCCUUACACAGGUGUUCUGGAUCCGACGCAAGAUGUGCGGUACGUGUUCUCUCUGGUGAGCAACGGCAUCAACUGCGACGUGAUCCAUGGGCCCCUCUACUCCUGCCUGCGCGCGCUAUUCGGCCUCUCCGUUAUAGGGAUCCUCGUCUCCAUCUUCUCCUGCAUGCUCGUCUACAGCUGUUGA